UGGAGCUUUCAACCACACGACAUGUGCUUCAUAUUUCAUGCUCACAUUUUUCUGAUAUGUCACAUCAUCGUCUGUAAAGAAUCAAACCAUGAAUACAAUCAGCUGUUUAACAGAAGUUCAGACAGGAAGAAGUGGACCUCAAAGAAAAGAGCUCCUCAUGAUAUUUAUUCUAUUUAUUAUUAUAAAUGUGUUAUUUGUUUCAUCUGUGCUAAAUGUGUUUUAACUAUUGAAAGGUGUGACUUUAGAUUUCACACAGAGCUGGAUCAAUGAUUAUCUUCAUCAGGACUUUCUGACAUAAAACAUUUAUUCUGGUUCUGGACGUUUUUACAUUUUUCUAAUGUUUUAUCAACCAAACUAUUCAACAUUUAAAUAAUUCAUGCUGUCGCCCAAUAAUAAGUCCAAUAAAGAUGAAGAACCUUUAAAUAACUAUUUAGGAACCUUUAAAGAACCUUUAAGGAACCUUUUAGGAACCUUUGUUUUUCUGAGUGUUGUUGCAGUUUAAUUUCUUUCUUAAUUCAUUCUGGAUGUGGUUAAUUAAAGAAGCAGUUGUGUGUCGUGUUCUCUGAGGAUGGACAUGAAGCAGAUGAAGCGUGUCGUGUUCUCUGAGGAUGGACAUUGAGCAGAUGAAGCGUGUCGUGUUUCAGUGUGGAGCUGCUGAUAAAUUUGCUCCUUUCUGUUGAAGUGAACCGUCGCUCUGAUAAACUUUAUCUCUGAUCCACAAACUGCUGCAGCUUCCUGCGACACAGAGAGAGCGAUGAUGAAAUGUUUCUAAAUGUGAUAAAAGUCUUUCUGAGGAAAUAACGUCUCUCAGUAACAAACUGCUGUCUCUAAUAUUUCAUGUUUAGGACACGUUGUGUUUAUUCUUUGUUGUUGUUAGUUUUUUUCUUUAUGAAAUCUCCAUAAAUUAAGUCAGUUUACUCAAAGACAGUAAAGAGGACCAGUAACGGGAAGAGCACUGUGAUCAACGCCAUGCUGAGAGACCGAGUGCUGCCCAGUGGGAUCGGACACACCACCAACUGUUUCCUGAGAGUCGAAGGAACCGACGGAGACGAGGCUUACCUCACCACCGAGACGUCCAAUGAGAGGAGGAACGUCACUGUACGACAGAGAAGUCAAAGUCAAUGUGUCUGUGUCUCUGUCUGUCCUCUGUCCUCCAGGAUCUGGACCAACCAUCACAAACGGUCUGUAGUCAUCUACUGUGUGACCUCACUGAUUCCACUUCCUCCUCCUCCUCAGACCGUGAACCAGCUGGCUCAUGCUCUCCACAUGGAUCCGACUCUGGAUUCGGGCAGUCUGGUCAAAGUCUUCUGGCCCAAAAGUCGCUGUGCUCUGCUGAGAGACGACCUGGUUCUGAUGGACAGCCCUGGCACUGACGUCACUCUGGAGUUGGACAGCUGGAUCGAUAAGUUCUGUCUGGACGCUGACGUCUUCGUCCUGGUGGGAAAUGCAGAGUCAACCCUCAUGAACACGGAGAAACUUUUCUUCCACAAAGUCAGCGAGAGAAUCUCUAAACCGAACAUUUUCAUCCUCCACAACCGAUGGGACGCCUCAGUGAGCGAGCCAGAGUACAUCGAGGAGGUGAGGAAGCAGCACCUGGACCGCUGUGUGAGUUUCCUGGCCGAGGAGCUGAAGGUGGUCGGUCUGGACGAGGCUCCGGGGAGGAUCUUCUUCGUCUCGGCCAAAGAGGUCCUGAGCUCCAGGAUGCAGCGAGCGCAGGGCAUGCCUGAGACAGGUGAGCCAGGUGGCGCUCUGGCUGAAGGUUUCCAGGAGAGACUGAGAGAGUUCCAGACAUUUGAGAGGACGUUUGAGGAGUUCAUCUCUCAGUCUGCAGUGAAGACCAAGUUUGAGCAGCACACGGUGAGAGCGUGGCAGAUUACUGAGGCCAUCAAAGCUGUGAUGGACGCCAUCAACAUCGCCUCCGCAGACAGGAAGAUCUUCUGCCUGGAAGAGCGCGAGGAUCAGAGGGACCGGCUGGACUUUGUCCGAGGACAGAUUAACCGCCUGACCGACAACGUCAAAGAGCGGAUCAGGACACUGACUGAUGAUGUCACUGCCAAGGUCGCAGCGGCUCUGUCAGAUCAGAUACGGUCUCUUCCUGUUCUGGUUGACGAGUUCAGAGCCGAUUUCAAUCCGACACAAGAAACUCUGGAGCUCUACAAAACUAAGUUGCUGCAGCAUGUGGAGGAGAGGAUGGUGGGCUGUCUGUCUCACCGCUGCUCCGUCAGCGUCCUCAUCAGAGACGCUCAGAGACACAUGAUCGACAGUGUCCGUCCUCUGCUGUCUCUGUCCACUCAGGAGCAGCUGUCCGCUCCCUCCACCUCCUUCGAGUUGACCUAUGACCUCGGCCUCGCUGCCCUUUGCGCAGACUUCCGUGAAAACAUCGAGUUCCAGUUUUCUCUGGGCUGGACCGCCCUCGUCACGCGCUUCAUCGGCGCCACCAACGCCAAGCGAGCGCUGAGCGGCUCGGACCGUCGACUGCAGGAAAGCUCCACUUUUAAGGAUGAGAUGGUGGUUUCCAUAGCGACAGGGCUUGUCUCCGUCUCCUCACGGGCGUCCAUGACGGUGCUGGUGAUUGGUGGAGUGGUGUGGCGCUCGGUGGGCUGGCGUAUUGUCGCUCUGUCUCUCUCUCUGUACGGCUUCCUCUACCUGUACGAGAGACUCACCUGGACGGACGCCAGCAGGGAGCGCGCUCUGAAGCAGCAGUUCGUGGAGCACGCCGCGCCGCGCCUGAGAGCCGUCAUCCCCAUCAGCAGCUCCGCCUGCAGCCAGCAGGUGUACAAGGAGCUGUCGUCCACGUUCAGCCGCCUCGCUCAGAGAGUCGACCUGAGCGAAGCUGAGCUGGAGGGAAACAUCCGGCUGCUGAGCUUCAGGAUCCAGAGGCUGGAGAACAUCCAGAGGAGGUCCAAGGCCUUCAGGAACAGAGCCACAGACUUGGAGACUCAGCUGGAGGCCUUCUCUGUUCAUUACCUGCAGGGAAACUAAAGGAGCACUGUGUUGUUGGUGAGCGGCGCCUCCUGCUGGUCGACUCAGUCAUCACACCUCCCCAUCAGAGCAUUUCCUCCACACACACACACACACACACACACACACACACACACACACACACACACACACACUUUGAAUCAGUCGUAGAGAAUCUGUUUUAGUUUCAUGUUUUCUCUCUGUAUGUUAUUCAGAACGUCAUAAACUAACAUUAAACUAACGUUAAACUAACGUUAAAUAACGUCUGUUAACUCCUGUUGAUGCUAUACUGACUUGUAAUCAGGUGAAUGGUGUCUCUGUCUGCCAGACAGGUGAGCAGACAGACAGAC